GAUAGUGAGGGCCCUGACGUAGGCUUUUGAGGGUAGCAACAGUUGCCUCGAGACCCCGUCGCGCUAUAGUGACUGUAGCCGUGGAGACAGUUACUUACCAACGGGCGCAACACUCAGCAACAGCGGCUGCAGCAUCUGGAAGUCACCGAGCGAGAGGGAGAGAGUGGAAAGAGAGAGGGCACAACUUUUCUCAAGGCAAAGUGACCACACUUGGCUUUAUUGAGAUUGCCUUCACCCUGAGAUCGCUAACCCCCAUCUUAAUGAGGCCCCAAUGCUGCCCCGGGGAGGAGUUCUCAAUCCAAUAGCUAGCUUCAGAUACAGACACUGACCCGACCACUACUCAUGCAGAACUCCGAGGGAGGGUCAGAAACCACGACCAGCGUGGCAGCGCUGCGGACGUCAUCAUCAGCCCAGGCUCCGGUGGUACAGCCUGUCCCAGCCUCUCAGCAGAGAGUGCUGGUUCAAGCCACAGGCUCAGCUCAGAAGGGAGGACAAGUACAGCAGCUUUCAGUACCCAGGGCUCAACAGGUCCCUCAGCAGGUGCAGCAGGUGCAGCAUGUCUACCCGUCACAGGUCCAGUAUGUUGGAGAAAGUGGAGAUGCGGUUUAUACCAAUGGAACAAUCCGAACAGCCUACUCCUACAACCCCGAGGCACAGUUGUACGGGCAAAGCAGUGGCGGGCCCUACUUUGACUCUCAGGCCGGUGGAGGUCAUGUUACCACGGUGGUCUCCUCUGCCAGCGGCGGCGUGCCCACUCAUGGCAUGGUAGGCAUCACCAUGGACGUGGGCAGCAGCCACAUCAUCUCCAGCGGCAGCACCUACCUGAUCCACGGCGGAAAUAUGGAGGGAAGCCGCAACCACAUAUCGCACUCGUCGCGUUCCUCCUCGGCUAUGCUUGAAAUGGCGAUUGAAAACCUCCAAAAGUCUGAAGGAAUUGCAAGUCACAAAAGCAGCCUGCUCAACAGCCAUCUGCAAUGGCUUCUGGACAACUACGAGACAGCGGAGGGAGUUAGCCUGCCCCGGUCCUCCCUCUAUAACCACUACUUGCGGCACUGUCAGGAGCAGAAACUGGACCCAGUUAACGCAGCCUCCUUCGGCAAACUCAUCCGUUCAGUCUUUAUGGGCCUGAGGACCCGCCGCCUCGGCACCAGAGGCAACUCUAAGUAUCAUUACUACGGCAUCCGGGUGAAGCCAGACUCACCGCUCAACCGACUGCAGGAGGACACCCAGUACAUGGCCAUGAGGCAGCAGCCAGUCCACCAGAAACAGAGGUUCAAGCCUCUGCAGAAGGUGGACAGCAUGUCUGACAGUCUGUGUGGGAGCUCGCAGCACUGCAGCAGCACUCCAGAGCAGUCUGUGGCUGCUCAGAGCCAACACCACCAGCAGUACAUAGAUAUGUCUCACAGCCUGCCUCCGUUUCCAACUCCUGACUUGGGCACCCAGCCUCUGCCUGAGCGCAUCAACAUGAAUGAUAUUAAGAAGUUGCAGACGCUCUACAGAGACCACUGCGAGGCUACUUUGGAUGUGGUGAUGAACCUCCAGUUCCACUACAUUGAGAAACUCUGGCAGACGUUUUGGUAUUCAACACCGCCACCUAGUGAUGGAAGCACUACCCUUCCCAGCAGUGAUGAUGAACCGGAAGGUGUGAUUCCCACAGAGAAGCUGGUGGCUCUGUGUAAAUAUGAGCCUGUCAGGCUGUGGAUGAGGAGCUGCGAUCACAUCCUCUACCAGGCCCUGGUGGAGAUCCUGAUCCCCGACGUGCUGCGACCUGUUCCCAGCACUCUCACUCAGGCCAUCCGUAACUUUGCCAAGAGUCUGGAGGGCUGGCUGACUAAUGCCAUGACCAGCUUUCCACAAGAGAUCAUCCGCACUAAGGUGGCCGUGGUCAGCGCGUUUGCUCAGACUUUGAGACGAUACACCAGUUUGAACCACUUGGCCCAGGCGGCGCGUGCCGUCCUCCAGAACACCUCCCAGAUCAACCAGAUGCUCUCCGACCUCAACAGGGUGGACUUUGCUAACGUCCAGGAGCAGGCGUCGUGGGUGUGUCAGUGCGACGAAAGUGUGGUUCAGCGUCUGGAGCAGGACUUUAAGGUCACCCUGCAGCAGCAGAGCUCUCUGGACCAGUGGGCCACCUGGCUGGAUAACGUGGUCUCUCAGGUUCUGAAGCCUCACCAGGGCAGCCCCAGUUUCCCCAAAGCUGCACGCCAGUUCCUGCUCAAAUGGUCUUUCUACAGCUCCAUGGUGAUCAGAGAUCUGACUCUGCGCAGUGCAGCCAGCUUCGGCUCCUUCCACCUUAUUCGCCUUCUUUACGACGAGUACAUGUUUUACCUGGUGGAGCACCGCGUGGCUCAGGCCACUGGAGAAACUCCUAUUGCUGUCAUGGGAGAGUUCAGUGACCUGACCUCUAUGAUGCCUUCACUCAUGGAAAAAGAUGCGUCUUUCUCAGAUGAGAUGAGUGAUUUGGGCAGCGACGCCGAUGCAUCCAGAGGACCGACUGAACCGGCCGUGAAGAGAGAGAGGAUCGAAAUGAGCCACCCUCUGCAGGAGAUGUGAGUCUGGUGUGAACGGGGUCAGACUGAGAGCCACACCGACCAGCAUCUCACUCGUUUGUUUGUUCUUUUAGGCCUUUCGGGUCGCCGCUCUUGGCCCCUGGGCCGAGCAUCCUCCUGCAGUCAGUGUGUGCAAUGUACAUAGACAAGAGUGUAGCAAUGUCAGCUCUCCCCUCACUAGCAUUUAUAAAUACGAGAAGCUCACGGGUUGUUUCUUUUUACGCCACUCUGCAACAGGUCUGAGCAUCUUUGUUUUUGCUGCAACUGUCAAUGAGUGUGUGCAGUACUUUUCCUUUUUUACUGGAUGUGUGGUGUUGGUGAUCCAUCCUCCCUCUUUUUGUUUUUAAGACUAACUAGCUGUGCCAUAGUGUCAUUUGAGUGCCUUAGAUUGCUAACUUUGAGAUGUCUGUCCCUCAGCUGUGCCUCUACCGCAGUAUGAAUGUAUCGUCUCCAAACCUCAAACAUUCGAAGCACCUUUAACAGUGAUUAUGUGUAGGUGUGCUCUCCUCGUUGCCUCUGCUGCAGCUCGUAGCGAACGCUGGGCGGGCGGGGGGUAGUAACAAGAACAUGCAACCUGUAGACCCAAAGGACCUUUCUCCUCAGUUGCUCCCACCGGCCGAGCCUCAGCUCCGGCUCCGUGUGUCAGGCAGGACCUUGUACUGUCGCAGUAGUCGGUAAGGCAGGAAGCUCCUGCUGUUAGCUUGGCUGUGUAACACGUUGACCCGUUUACCUCAGUAGAUUUCUAUGCUGUGCCUCAUUUGGCUCAUGCGAUGAGGCAACUAUUACAAAAAUUAAAGUAAAAAAUGAAAAGUAGCCACUGUUUCGUGUCCCUCACCCAGUUCUUUUAUAAAAUGUAAAUAGUUCUCCUCGUUCCUCCUCACGGUUUGAGUGUCGCGACGGCUCUGUGGCAGUUUACUCAGCUGCCACGCAGUCAGAACAAAUCCACAGUAAUCAGCUUUACGGAGACGGGACGUUAACCCCUGAACUGGAAUCUGGACUCGCUCAUUUCAAGACGAAUCAAACGCCUCGAAACCAAAAACGAUCUCGUGGGCGUCCCAGCCGACGCGCACUCCCCGAAUCCUUUGACCUCACGCUGUCUUACGUUUUGUUUGAAAUAGAAAAAUCCAGUGCGUUAUUUGGGGAAUUAAUCCAUAAAUUAUAUAUAUAUAUAUAUCUCUUUCUAUGAUGUAGACAGUGUGUGCUUCGUGGCCUUUGGUCUUUGCCUAAUCUUUGUUCAUGCUGUUACCUGGUUGGUCACAUUGUAUCAGAAAGAAAUGCUUUGAUGUGUAACGGAUUAGACUGGCGUGUGUGAUGAAUCUGUAUCCAAUCUCAACUGUUCAAUGUAAUGAAAUUUAAUUAUUACUGCAGCGCUGAAGCUCUCAGUAAGCUAUUAAACUGACGUAAGGAAAAAACUAUAAAAUCUAUUUAUAUGGACUAAUCUGAUUUAAUGGAGUUUUGUGUUGAAAUUGGUUCGUUUUUUUUUUUUUCCCUCCUCCUCGUUUCCCUCACAGAGGAUUUUGUUGUAGCAAUGGGAAUCUUUGAAUUUGAGUUUAAGGCUUUUUGUAACUUGUGCCUGUCACAGUAAUUUGCCUUAAAGUGCUUUGGGAAGAAUAAUUUCUAUGUGUACUUUGUAAUGUUUUGUAAGGCUGUUUUAGAUUUUUUGACGGAGGAUUAUUUUUUAUUGAACUAGGUUCUUACAAGUAUACUGAACCCUUAUUUUUGUGUAUUUUUAAACCUGUUCUUGACUACACUUUAACUAGCUUAAGGACAGAUGGCGGUCUGUAAUAAACUGCAUAGUUCAGCUGUAUUUUGUACCUGGUCACAGUGUAAUAAAUUGAUGUAAACCAAAAAA